AUGUCAGAAAUUACAUUAGGUAGAUAUCUCUUUGAAAGAUUACAUCAAUUACAAGUAGACACAAUAUUUGGAUUACCAGGAGAUUUUAAUUUAUCAUUAUUGGAUAAAAUUUAUGAAAUUGAAAAUAUGAGAUGGGCAGGUAAUGCAAAUGAAUUAAAUGCUGGUUAUGCAGCAGAUGGUUAUGCAAGAGUUAAAGGUAUAAGUGCUGUAGUAUCAACAUUUGGUGUUGGAGAAUUAAGUUUAACUAAUGCUAUUGCAGGAUCAUUUGCUGAACAUUGUGCAGUAUUAAAUAUUGUUGGAUUACCUUCUGUUAAUGCUCAAGCAAAACAAUUAUUAUUACAUCAUACUUUAGGUAAUGGAGAUUUUACAGUCUUCCAUAGAAUGUUUAAAAAUAUAAGUCAAACAAGUGCUUUUAUUGCUGAUAUAAAUACUGCACCAAAAGAAAUUGAUAGAUGUAUUAGAGAUGCUUAUAUAUAUCAAAGACCAGUAUAUGUUGGAUUACCUUCAAAUUUAGUUGAUUUAAUGGUUCCAAGUGUUUUACUAAAAACUCCAAUUGAUUUAUCAUUAAAGAAAAAUGAUCCAGAAGCUCAGGAAGAAGUUAUUGAAACUGUUGAAAAGUUAAUUAAAGAAUCAAAUAAUCCUGUAAUACUAGUUGAUGCUUGUGCUUCAAGACAUGAUUGUAAAAAAGAAGUUGCUCAACUAGUUGAUUUAACUCAAUUUCCUGUAUUUACUACACCAAUGGGUAAAUCAGGUAUUAAUGAAUCACAUCCAAGAUUUGGUGGUGUAUAUGUUGGUUCAUUAUCACAACCUGAUGUAAAAGAAGUUAUUGAAAGUGCAGAUUUAAUUAUUUCAAUAGGAGCAUUAUUAUCUGAUUUUAAUACUGGUUCAUUUUCUUAUGGUUAUAAAACAAAAAAUGUUAUUGAAUUUCAUUCAGAUUAUACUAAGAUAAGACAAGCUACAUUUCCUGGUGUUCAAAUGAAAGAAGCAUUACAAAAUUUAUUAACUACAAUAUCAUCAUCAAUAAAUCCUUCAUAUUUACCAACCCCAGUACCACAAGCUAAAUUAAUUAAUUCACCACAUCCUCAAGAUUCUCCAUUAACUCAAGAAUAUUUAUGGACAAAAGUAAGUUCAUGGUUUCAAGAAGGUGAUAUUAUAAUAACUGAAACUGGUACUUCAGCUUUUGGUAUUAUUCAAUCAAGAUUUCCAAAUAAUACUAUUGGAAUAUCACAAGUAUUAUGGGGAUCCAUUGGUUAUUCAGUACCUGCAACUUUUGGAGCAGCAAUGGCAAUACAAGAAAUGAAUCCUUUAAGAAGAGUUAUAUUAUUUGUUGGUGAUGGUUCAUUACAAUUAACAGUACAAGAAAUUUCAACAAUGUGUAAAUGGGAAUGUAAUAAUAUUUAUUUAUUUGUUUUAAAUAAUGAUGGUUAUACUAUAGAAAGAUUAAUUCAUGGACAAAAUGCAACUUAUAAUGAUAUUCAACCUUGGAAUGUUUUACAAUUAUUACCUUUAUUUAAUGCAAAAGAUUAUGAAUCAAUUAGAAUUUCUACAGUUGGUGAAUUAAAUAAUUUAUUUAAUAAUCAUGAAUUUUCAAAACCUAAUAAAAUUAGAUUAAUUGAAGUAAUGUUAUCAAGAAUGGAUGCUCCUGCAAAUUUAGUAGCUCAAGCUAAAUUAUCAGAACAAACUAAUGCUCAAACAUAA